AUGGGAGAAGUCGUUGAUCCGGCCAAUCCCGUUCCGUCGGAUGACAACUAUCAAAAUCUCGGGCCGAACCUCGGAAUCGCGCCCUACGUGAACAUGGAUCCGAAUGCAGGAGCCGGUGCUCCUCCUGCACCACCGCCGCCGCCUCCACCGAUCCCAGCUGCUGCUGCUGUCGCUUCCGGAUCCGUGGUUGGCACUCCGGCUCAGUAUCGUGGUGCUCAUCCACCGGGCAAAUCUGCGGAAGUGGGCGAAGUUCAGGAGUUGCCCGACUCGGAUCCUUCUGAAUCGAAGAAGCGUACUGACACCAAAAUGCCGAAGGUCAAAAAACUCAAGAAGAAAAUCGUGGGCUAUUACAGAUGUUUUCUUUGUUUUUAUCCAUUAUAUUCUUUCCAGAAGCGCGUCAAGAUUGCGUACUGGAUGAUGACAACUAUCUGGCUCCUUUUCCUCGUCUUUUUCGUCGUUCUUUAUCUGAACAACUUCGGAAUCCACAUUCUUCCGUUUCUGAAGGACUGA